AUGGCUGUUCCUCAUUCCAGUGAUGAAGCCCAGAUUCCAGCUUUGUGUCAGUUUUGUGAAGAAUCUAACAUUAAGUGGAAAUGUAUAAACUGUGAUUUAUUUUUAUGUCAACUUUGUAAUUCAAGGAUUCAUAACAAAAGUAAAGCUUCUAAAGAUCAUACUAUAAUAAACUUAAAAGAUUGUGGAACUGAGGAGACAAGAUCUACAAUGUUAAAGGCAGAUCUACAGAAUAUACCAUGUACAAUCCACAGUGAAAGAAAAUGCUGGGUUUAUUGUAAUAACUGCGCUCAUCCUAUUUGUGCAGAUUGUUCAAUUGAGUCACAUCAAAAACACGAAUACAAACAACUUGAUGCUGUCUUUAAUGCCAUUAUUUCGGCGAUAGAUGAGCUUAAGAGAAGAAUAGAUAACGAUAUUAAAUGGUAUGAACAUGAAGAAUUGAAUCUAGAACAACUUCUCUCAGAUGGAGAUAAAAAUUUCCAAGAUACAAAGGAUAGAAUAAUUGAAACCGAAAAAGAAAUGAAAGAUACAAUAUCACGCUAUGCUAGUGAUCUUUUGCAAGAACUCGAAACAAAAUGGAGGCCGCAAGAAAUUAAAAUCAAACGAGAACUUUCACAUGUUGUGAAGAAUAAAGAUGACUUGAUUUCUAGGAAAGUCGUACUAGAUAAUACACUCCAAUCUCGCCAAUCGUCAGACAUUUUUUCUGUGAGUAAAUCACUAGUGAAAACAAUGCCAGAAAAAUCAAAAACAGUGAUCAAUCUCAAAAAGACAAAAUUUUUUGAAGGAUUCAAACUUAAGAAUAGUAAGAGUGAAAUGAGUGCGGUGUUUGGGAAUAUUAAAAUUGCCUCAAAUUUAGAAUAA